AUGGCCAAGCGGAUGGAAAUAGCAGAGGUCAGCGGGCGGGGCGAGUUACGAGACAGCGGGCAUCGCAAGCUAAACGCCCACAACCUUAUGGACAAAGUGCAGGCUGCUCUGCACUGGGCUGAACGACCACGAGCUGCACACGCUGAGCCGGCGCAGCGAGAGCCUCAGGCGUUUGACCCCGCGAGCUCGCGACGAGAAGGAGGAGGAUACGAAGCCGCGCAUGCCAACCUACAGCGGCUGCUGUAUCGUCGAGGAGCGUCGGGGCUGCGGGGGCUGGAGCGAGCGAUGUCGCACAUCUCGAGGGGAACGAGGCAACUGGACCGGGAGGAUCUCAACACGGUGAUGGCCUACUGCGGGAUCAGCAUGGGAGCCGACGAGCUCGAGGAAUCUUUCGCAUACACGAGGACGGAG